AUGUUUAUAUGUCAUCUUUACCGAUGCGGCAGAUCCAUUGGUAGAGUGCGAAUUUUGCAGCCUCACCCAGCUCACUUUAUCCAAUGUCUAAAUUUGUCAAGUAAAAGUAAAGAGGAAAACAACAACACUACCGAAAAUACUACGCUAGUAUAUAACUUAAAUAACUAUCAAAGUUCUAUUCCUCAAGAUUUGCUCAUCAAUAAACAAAUUGAAACACUUAAAAAGCUUUUAAACGAAAAGUAUCAUCGACAAACUUUAAAAGUAGGGAUACUAUAUAAGACAAAAGCAGUUCGUCAUUGUUCAAAAAUCGUUGAAAUCUUACUUGCUGAUCCAUUAGCUUCAAAUAGUAAUAGUUGGUUCGAGAAGGUAGUAAACAGGCAUGGCAAUGGUCAUUUUACUUAUAACAAUGAAGCCGUUGAGAUCCUCGACAGCGAUAAUCAGUUCAAGAUCCCAUCUCCCGUGUUAAGCGGAAUACGUCGAACCGUAUAUGACAGCGAUGGACGCGGCAACAAUGCAAAUGCACCACAAAAUGAUCUCAUAUUGGAAGAACUAGAUCUGGAGUUAGAUUUGAAUACUAAAUCACUUGAUGAUUUCACAUUUUUGCUAUAUGUCACCAACCAGUUUGAGUCUUCAACCUCGAAUUUACCGCUUUCUUUGCAAAACAAGCUACUCUUGCAGAUUAUCGAUAAUGUGGAGUAUACUCCAUCUAGUACAAGCUCCUCGCCUCUAGCUUUGGACACAAAAAUUCAUACUCACGUUGUCAAAAUUAACAGCCAAAUGGCCUAUGAAGGGAUUCGUGCCUUCAUUGAGAAAGACGUUGAAGCUACAGACGUGCUUAUUGACAAUUUGAUCCACAGUAACGUGUACCAACUAUUCAAAUUUGUUGACUUUUACCUGCUGUCGCAUAAUAUCUGCCAAUGGUACUUGGAUAACAUUGUAAAUGAAAUAAGAUCCAAAUUAACCAAAAGCUCAGCAGACUCAGCAAGAGAAACUCAACUAAUACAGGAGGAAAUUCCGCGCUUUGUCCAAUUGGUGAAUACGGAAUUGCAAUACAAGUUCGAGCCUGCUACAACUAAAUUUAUUCAUAACAAUUUGUCAUGGUGGAAAUUGUACUACAAAAACGACAAUGUAGAAUAUGAUUUAAAAGACUUUUUCAAUGAGCACUUUAUGGAUGAAAGCAUCGAGACCUAUAAUUUCUUGAGGGGUAGAAUCUUAUCUACUACUGACGAAAAUGUAUACAAUCCGUUGCUAGAGUUUAAAAACGACGUUAUCAAUAAAAGAAUUUCUGAUGAGAUCCAACCCAUGGUGUAUUCAAUCAUAAGCAAAGCAUUUGUUUACUAUCAGCUACCGAUUUCGAUAAUAUCGGCAUUUGCAUAUCAGUUUUUUGAGUUUAGUGCCAACGCAAGCAUUGCCUUACUUGGCUUAGGAUGGGUAGUGGGAUUCAACUAUGUAUCCAGGAACUGGUUGAGCUUUAUGGACAAGUGGUUGUCAGAGCUAGUCGAACAAUUGAGAGUAUGUUUGGGAGCCAAGUGCAUCGACAAUGGGUUGUUGAAAGAAACAAAAUUACAAAUUAGAAACAACGAGAUACUUAAUGAAACACGUCGCAACCUAUUACAGGGAAUAGAAAAGUAUAAGAAUGGAGUCAACUAA